AUGCGACAAGAUGAUUCCGACUAUGACAAUUUCGCCGAAUUCAGCUACUUAAGCAGCGACGACGACUUAAACGCCGUUGAAUCCGACGAUCAGGCUGAAUUCGACAGCGACAAUGCCGUCGCCUUCCUUUUGGACGAGCUCGAAGCCGCUCUGCCGCCAGAGUUGUCAUACUCCGUCUUGACAGAAUCCGACAUCCGCGGUCGCAUCGACGACGACGUCGCCCAGCUCUCGGCCGUGCUCUGCCUUCCAAAAUCCGACGCAACCCUAAUUCUCCGUCACUUCGAUUGGGACGCGAGCAAGGCCGAGGACUCGUGGUUCGCUGACGAAUUCAAAGUCCGCCGCCAAGUCGGCCUCCCGACGGCGGCAGCUCAAAAGGUAACUUCCCCUCCUUCCGAUCAUCAUAUUCUCACCUGCAAGAUCUGUUUCGAACCGCACCCUUUAACCUCCUUCAACUCCGCGGACUGCGGCCACCGAUUCUGUCGCUGUUGCUUGCGAAAAUACAUCGCGCAUAGCGUCAACGACGGACCCCGCUGCCUGCAAUUGAGAUGCCCUGAACCUUCCUGCAAAAUUCUCGUAGGAGACGAACUGAUCAACCAAAUUGCCGACGAAAAUGAUCGCAAAAAGUAUUCCAAUUUCGCAAUUAGGUCUUAUGUAGAGAACAGCAGUAGAAGGAAAUGGUGCCCUGCUCCCAACUGCCCACACGCUGUGGAAUUCAUGUCAUUUGGGGAUCUAAACUACGAUGUUUCGUGCCUCUGCUCCCACAGCUUCUGCUGGAGCUGCAGCGAGGACAAGCACUCGCCGGUGGACUGCGAGACAGUGAAGAACUGGUCACUGAAGAACGCCUCCGAAUCUCAAAAUGAGAUGUGGAAGAAAGUAAACACGAAGCCAUGCCCGAAAUGCAGCAGGGCGAUCGAAAAGAACGAAGGGUGUAUGCACAUGAGAUGUGCAGCUCCAUGCCGGCACGAAUUCUGCUGGGUGUGCCUGGGGUCGUGGACAGGCCACUCGUAUUCCUGCAAUAGGUACAAGGAUGUGGAUCCAGAUGGAUUGCAGUCAUUGAGGGAAGAAGUGAAGAGGUACCAGCACUACUACGAAAGGUGGGCAGCGAACGAGAAAUCGAGGCAGAUUGCGAUUAGAGACUUGAAGGAUGUGAGGGAGAAUGUGGUUUCGGAGAUUGGAAGAGUCCAUCGUCAGAAUCACAGCCAGCUUAUGUUCUUGACUGAAGCUUGGGUGCAGAUUGUGGAGUGCAGAAGGGUUCUGAAGUGGACUUACGCGUAUGGGUAUUACUUGCCCAUUAGAGAAGCUGCGAAGAAGCAGUUCUUUGAGUACUUGCAAGGGCAGGCUGAAACUUGUUUGGAGAGGCUUCAUGAUUGUGCAGAGAAGGAAAUGAAGAAGUUUGUGGUUCAAGGAAGCUGCAUGCACGAGUAUGCUGCCUUUCGGAUGAAGCUGAAUGAGCUGACGAAGAUGUGCAAGACUUACUUCGAGAAUUUGGUUCGUGCGCUGGAGAAUGGAUUGUCUGAUGUUGAGACUGGUAUGAAUGGGUAG